AUGUACUCGCGACCUUCGAAAGUCCUCACCCGCGGGUCGCUCUUCUUCUUUAUCGUCCUCGCUUUCCUUAUCACCCUCCUCUGGCAUAGACGGAUGGCCGACAAUCAUGGCGUUGUAGCCAACCCUUGGAACAGACACGCAUCUAGACAACAUUCUCCAACUCUGGCAAACCUUUCUCUAGGGUCCUCCAAACCACCCGGUUCCAACCACUCAAGGGCCCUGAUCAUCCCCCGGCUGCAAAGGGAAGAUGCCGACUGGGUCUCCACCCAGCUCGUUGAUGUAGAAGCCUUCGUCUACGUCGUCGACGACCCCCACGCCCCCCUCCACUCGCCCCUCAACAAGGGCCAUGAAGCAAUGGUCUACCUCACCUACCUCAUUGACCACUACGACAACCUCCCGGACAUCAUGAUAUUCAUGCAUUCUCACCGGAUCGGCUGGCACAACGAGCACGCACUCGCCAUGGACGCCGUCGCGCACAUCAACAGGCUGAGCAGCGAACGCGUGACGCGGGAGGGUUACAUGAAUCUGCGCUGCAACUGGGACCCCGGCUGCCCGGCCUGGUUACACCCGGGCAAGACGGAAGCAGACACGGGCAAACCGGAGGAAGCCAACCUCGCGACAGCGUGGAGGGCGUUGUUCCCGGGAAUCGAGGUCCCCGAAGUCCUUGCGCAGGCGUGCUGUGCCCAGUUCGCCAUCUCGCGCGCCCGUGCCCGCGCCAUCCCGCGGGCCAGAUAUGUGUUCUACCGCGACUGGAUCCUGCGCACGGAGCUGAGCGACUCGAUCUCCGGCCGCGUGUGGGAGUAUCUCUGGCAGGUGCUGUUCGCGGGCCAGACGGUCUUCUGCCCCGCGAAGCAUGUGUGUUACUGUGACGGGUACGGGUUAUGUUUCGGUGGCGCCAAAGGGGUGGGUGAGUAUCUCGGCCUCCUGAGACGUGAGGAAGGCUUGAAGAAGGAUCUAGAGAAAUGGCGCAGGCUGGCGGGUGUGGUGGCGGAUGCGGAAAGGGAGGGCAAGUCGCGCAAGGAGAUCGAGAACAUGGAGCAGCCUGAGUUAGGGAAGGGAGCACUUCUGGAGGCUCAGUUAGAGGCCGCGAAGCAGGAGUUGAUGAAAAUAGUUGCGCGAGCGCAGGAGCGGGGCAGGGAUCCGCGAAUCCGCGCUCAGGAGGCAGGGAGGGAAUGGAAGGAAGGGGAUGGGUUUUGA